AUAUAUAUAUAUAUAUAUAUGUAUAUUUGAUAUAGUUGAGAAGGUCAGUGUCAGUUAUUGAACCAGAAGGAAGAGAUCUGUAGAAAAAGAGAAGAGGUGGGAGUUCCAUAGAUACAGAUCGGAACUAUCAAAGUUAUGGAGUGGAAUUUUUGUUUUUCAUUUUCUACUCCUCAUGUGAUGAUUCUCUGUCUCUCGCUCUUCCUAUUCACCAGCUUCUAUGCUGCACCUGCUUCUUCCGCUUUCAUUUCAGAUGGGAUCUUUGGGUCUGACGCUUCGACCGGCCGGAACCUUCUUCAGGCCAAGACAGCGUGCCCGGUUAACUUUGAGUUUCAGAACUACACAAUCAUCACUAGCCAGUGCCGAGGGCCGCAUUACUUACCCCAACCAUGCUGCGAUGCUUUUAAAGAAUUUGCUUGUCCUUUCGCAGACGAGCUGAAUGAUUUAUCAAAUGAUUGUGCCUCAACCAUGUUUAGCUACAUCAACAUCUAUGGGAAGUACCCACCGGGCCUUUUUUCCAGUGAGUGCCAGGAGGGGAAACAAGGGCUUGCAUGCCCUGCAUUAUCACCAACAGAAUCAGCAAAUGACAGUGGGAGUCAUAAGAUAUCUAAUACCUCCCCUCUGCUAAUGCUCACAGGAGGCUUGCUAGUGUUGUUAUGGUGGUUGUUUUGAAGCCUCAGACAUUGUUUUCUUCGUAGAUUGAUGUAUUUUCCCGACCACGAGAAAAUCAUUGUGUCUUUGAACUGGAGUUUCUGCCCAGGUUGUCUCAGGUGUGUCCAUACCUGCUAGGGUUCAUAUUCUUUUGUUAAAAGAGUAACUCAAAAUUCAGUUUUUCUACCGGUUUAUCCAAUUGCAAAAUAGUAUCUCGUGUUUGGCCAAAAUCUUUGCCGUUGAACAGAACAUUCUGCAGAUAAUGUCAAGCAUAGGUCAAUAAGUUAGCGCGGUGUGUACUUUUUCUAUGAUGUCAUAGAAAACCGUUUGUAUCUUUUAGACUUGUGUGUCGAUAUUGCAAAUGUUACAGGGGUUU